AUGAAUUCCUAAUUUGUAUGUGAAAAAAAGGACUCAGAAAGAGAAAUUAAAAUUGUUCCGCCUGAGGCUCAUGCAAUUAAUCUUGCAAAAAAAGAUAAGACGACUUUUGAACAGAAACUCAAAGAAUUUGUUGCAAAUGAUCUUAUAGGAUCAUUCAAUUGGAAAGAAACAUUUCAGGGCUAGAAUUCUAUAUCUUAAUUAGAGUCAAUCAAUACUUAUGGAGUUGUACUCAUUGCUUAUGGAAACUGCCUUGUUUUAUUGAAAGAUACUUAAAAUAGCAGAGUUUUCAUUGAUGUCUAGGAUUUUAUCACAGUGAAGCCAUUCUAUUACAAGUUUAGUGGAAUUAUUAAAUUAGUUAAAGUGGCAGAAAAUGCCAAAGACAAAUAUCUUGGACUUCAAAUUGAUUAGGAGCUUUACAUUUUAGACACUGCUAAGUUUUUAGAUACUCCUGACCAAGGUAGUAAAGCAUUCUCGACUAAUGAAGCCUCAAUCAUCAAUAAACUUAAAAUUGAUAUCAACUCAUAUGUGAGAUAAUUGAGUUUCAAUCCUGAUGACAAUUUCAAGCAAUGCUUGAUCACUACCAAUAUCAGAAAACUUGUUUUGUUUGACUUAGUAUCUGGUGCAACAAAAUAAAUUGAAGAUGAUGUUACAUCUGCAAUAUUUAACAAAUCAGGUGAGCAUGUGAUAGCUUCAUUCUACAGAGAGCAAGAUCAUUUAGAGAUCCUUGACAAAAAUUCACUUUAAUCACUGUCAAAGUUAACAAUAUCCAUAGGGGAGGAUUGCAAGCAUGAUAAGUAUAGAGUUUACUAACUGUGUGACUACUUUGGAGAUAACCUCAUCAUCGGAGGUUGUGGCUUUGUCUCACCUGAUCAAAUAGCAGAUAACUUUGGAUUCUUACUAUAAAUUUGGAUUGGCUAGAAUCUUACUCCUCAGUCAACCAUGAAUCAAAUUAAGUCUGAUCGAAAACUAAAGAUUUAGUUUUUGUUCGAUUAGUAGCCUAACAAUGAUGAAGAUCCUACCUCAUUCAAGCUUUAAUAUGCUUCUAAAGAUCCUUUAUGCAAGAAUGUGAUUGGUGUGCUAGGAGUCUCAUAAUGCAAGGAGCCAAUAUUCUUUAGUAUUGAGGAAGGAGUCUUGAAAUACACAUAUGAAUUCGUUACAGUCAAAUUUAUGGUCACAGUUCCAGGGGGUUUCGAUGAAAUUGCUAAUCUUGGCUAAUACCAAGGAUUCGCUAUGAUUAAGUUCAGGCCUUCAGACCAAGCCUAGACUUUUGAUUUAGACAUGGGAGAUCAUACAAUUGCUUACAUGUAUCCACCUUUGAUUAUUCAAUAAGGCAUCGAUGGAGAACUUCAUGAAGGAAUGAUUUUUAUUCCAAGAUUUGAAUAAGAUAAUCUACUGGUUUAAACUAAACCAAUCCCAAAGAGUUAAUCAGUAGUACAAUCAUCUCCUUAAGCUCAGGUUUAGAGAUAAAAUGAAGAAUAGAAAAAGAAAGCUGAAGAGGAGAAAAAAUAGCAGUAACCAUUUCCCUAAAUACAACCUAAUACUUCAUUGUAGUAGCCACUAAGUUAAACUUAGAAUACUUAAUCUCGGAACCAAUUUUCUUUUAGUGGACCGAACCCGACUUAGUUACAAUAAAAUUCGAAUUAGUAAAACUCUUUUGCUUUAGGAUAGGAUUAGAAUUAGAUUAAACAUUCAAACACUUUUUCUACUUAACAAUAAAAAUUGCCUGUUCAACAAUUAUAGCAUUCUCAGACUUCUACCAUGUUUGGAUCUUUAUCAUAGUCUCCAAUUCAAACCGAUCCCUUCAAAGAUGGAACUUUUGCUACUCCUUAAACAAACAAAAACUCUCAAACUUAUCUCUAAUCAUCCUCCUAAACUGGUGCAUUUGCUCUUGGGUAAAAGCUUAUACAGCCUCAAUUAAAAUCAAGUACCAAAAUUAUAGGAUCCUAAUAAACUUUGCCUCUUUAGAAUCAACCAAGCAAUUUUUCAUUUUCUUAACCUCAAAUCCAAGCUGACUAAGCUUAAAAUAAAUCAUAGGCAAUUCCCAUAGCUAAAUCUUAAUUAGCUCCUUAGUAAUUAACAUAAUAGUAACAAAUACAACAGUAGAAUAAUACUUAACAAUCAAUUCCACUAAGUUAAUAGCCAAUUUAAGUCUAAAUUUCAUAGUAAGCGAUUGUUUAAAGUAAACAGAAGACUCCUAUCCAAGUUCAAAUCGAAGAUUUUGAAAAGAAGAUGACUGAUCAUUAUAACAAAGAAGUAGUUGAUCUCCUGAAACAAGUUAAAGAUAAUUUGCCUAAUUUUUAAAGCCUCAAAGAUGAUCUGAGAGCAAAUAACAUCAAAUGGGACAUAUUUUAUCAAUUGCUAAAUAAUAGCAAAACUUUCUCGAGAAUUUAGAAUAGCUAAUAUCAGAAUAAGUAAUAGAUAAAGCAUUAAAUUGAGAAUUUAAGAACAUAAGCAUCUCAAAUAAUAUAGAUAAGAGAAUAAUUCUCCAAGACUAAACAAGAGAUAAGAAAUUCUUAGUACAAAGAUGAUUUCGGGUUAAGUUUCCAGUAAGGUAAAAGGCUAAAAGAUCUUAUUUUUUUUGAGGAUUCUAAAGUGGACAAAAAGCUGUAAUUUAAUAAAGCACAAAAGUAAAAGCUUGCGACCAUCGUUGAUAAGGCAUUAGAUAUUCUUGAAAGAAUAAAGCCUUAAAAGGAAAAGUCAUUGAAUUCAUAAAAACUCAAUGAGCCAACUCAAAUAUAAUGCGAAAAAGUUAAAUCAAUGGCUUUGAGAUAGCAAGCUUAAAAUUAUACUCGAAACAAAUUUUUAUCUCGAGGUGUUAAUCCUUAGGCAAACGAUAGUGAUUCUCAACAAAAUCUAACGAUUUUGAAGGAAUUCUUUGAAAUCAAGAAAGAUAACAUAAAUGAAACUAUUGAAAUUGCCAGAAACAAACAACAGAAAUAUAUUAAGCAGUUUUAAAAGUAUUCUGAGAAGAUUAAUUCUGAUAUGGCCUCUAAAAAGAUUUAUUCAAAUGAAGGCAAUCUCUUAAGAAUCAUAGACUAGCCAAUCUAGCUAACUCAGAUUAUCAAUAGUUAUAAUAGCAAACUCUAUAAAGACUAAUGA